CUGCCAUCAACUGAAGAGAGACAGAAACUCAAGCAAACGCAAAAAAAAGUCUUGCCAUUUUUAAUUGGUAAUUACUUACAUCAGUAACAACGUUGUUUUGUAUUGUUGUUACUUUAAUAAAUACAUCAAAUAAAAAACAAAAAAUAAAUAUCUGAAGAAUAUAAAUAAAUUUUUAUAAAAGCAGAGAUUUGAACGUAAACUUUGCAAGAUGUUGCUGAUCGAAUUACCUGAUGUUGUUUUUGAAACGAUUUUGUCCAAGUUGUCAUACGAUGAAAUCGCCAGGAAUCGUUUGGUUUGCAAACAUUUUGACCAAACGUGCCAGAAACUACUGAACCGUGGAUUCCAGUCAAUGGAACGGUAUCAUACGCAAUGCCUUCGAGAAGUUAAGAGUCAAUUGCCAAGACGUGAGUCCGAAAGACGUAAUCACUCAUUGGCUAGACAUUGUGAUGUUUUGACAGCCAUUGAAACACGCAUAUCAAUGUUGUCGAUGACAUUUAUGAAAUACAUUAAUCAAAAUCUUUGUUGUUUUAUUCCUGGCAAGGUGAUUGAUGAAAUAUUUCGAAUCCUACACUUGGUAAAAGACUCAAACAGUUUGCCGCGAGCUCAUGAAAUUCUGCAGGAAUUGAGAGACAUCAGUAGCAUGGCAAUGGAACAUUUUGACGAAAAAAUUAUGCCGGCCUUCAAAUCACGAAUGAGUUCAUCGAGUAUGAGCAGCGUCAGCAGCUACGAUUUACCAGGUGGCAGCUUGAUGAUACCAUACAGUCCAAGCUCAGCACACAACACCGGUCGUAAUCCUUCGAUUAUUUUGAACCGGUACCACCCCCACACUGCCGACAAAUUGGAGCAACAGUUCAAAAAAUUAGUUUGCAAAACGCGCAAAAAUAAAUUAUCGUUCAUGGCAAUCAGAAGUAAAUUAAGCAAAAUGCGUUUACGUAUGAAACGACAGGGUGCGCAGAUGCGCUUGCAGAGUAACAAACUACUCGAGCAAGCUAAGAAAUUAAAUGAUCAAGAAUUACAGAUCGCUGAUUUACGCAGACACUUUGAAGAGUGGGAACAAAAAAUGGGUGAUUUGACGGCUGAGCUGAGCCGAGCGCGUGAUGAAUCUCUCACAGCAGACAGUAUUAAACGUCGUAUGACCGUUCAAAAAGAUUCUUGUGAUAACACGAAGCCUAAUCCGAAGAAACGUAAACUCAUCGUCGAGCGCAAGUCUUCAUGUGAUGCUACUGACAUUAAAUUUAAAAAAUUUAUGUCCGAACUACUGAGUGAAUCUCGAAAAGACUAGUAGAUUUAAGGUUUUUAUUUAAAUCGUUUAAAUAAAGUUACAAAGUUUAUUUUCAUUUAGAUACAGAAGUACGUGAAAUAAAUAAGCAUUCAAUUUUUAAUUUAUUAUUUUUCCAUUACCCGAAUUACUAUUUUAUGCUUUAUAAUAUCUACUAAUAUUAAAAAGCAGUAUUUUUUUUUUAAUUAUUAAAAUUAAUUAUCAUUACAGGCUAAAAAAUUGAAUGCUUAAUUAAUUCUCCGUUUGAAUUAAAAUUUAUUUUCACGAUCUUGUUCAUGAACCACAUGAACUUGUAAGUUUACACCCGUGAAAAUAAAUUAUAAAAAAUAACCAUCGAGUUGAAAAAAAUGUUUCACUGUAUUAAUUAUAAAAUUAGUUAUCAAAAAAAAAAUUUAAGUACAUAUCGGAAGUAUACGAAUGUACUCGAUGCUCACACGCGUUAAUUAACGCGUCUUCUUUGAUGUUGUGUUUAAUCGAAUAUUUUUUAAAUCGACAUAUAAAUUUUUCAACAUCUCAUCGGUCAGCCUAGUUUCGCGAACGCAAAGUUCAUCGGACUUUUUACCGUCUGUUUGAUUGAUGUGAUUGACCCGCGAGAGAUAACUCGUUGGGUCUUUUUUAUCUAAAAAAAAAAAAAAAAAAAGCACAAAGCGAAAUUAAUCAUAUUUCGUAGACCAGCUCACAAAAAAUAUA